AAGGCCUCGUCCUGUUCACGUCCUUGAGCUUUGUCUGCUGUUGGUGUUGAGCUUCAUCUGCUAAGAAAAUGGUUUCUUACUGGAGACAAGCCGGGCUUAGUUAUAUCAGGUACUCAGCCGUCUGUGCCAGGGUGGUGCGAGCAGCACUGAAGCCCCAGGUGAAAGCAGAGGCCAUGAGAAACGCAGAGGCUAAUGUGAAAAUUACGAAAGUGAAGACGGCAUGAUGGUUGUCAUCUUAACCUGUGGGAACAGUGUGGCCUCAGCCAAAAUGAAGAUGAUAAAAAAUAUGUUAAUGUUGAACACAUGAUUAAUGACCAUAGAAAUCUAUUCUUUUGAUAAUAAAUUCAAAGAAACUCCAAGUUAAA